AUUGGGCCCUCCGCGCAGAAUUGAAAAAAAAACUCGACCUAUAUAUGCCCAUUCUACAAAAGGCCCCACAACAUUGUCCUGCUUAUCUCGACCAGCAGAUGGCAUUCAUUCCAUUUCUAUUUUUAGAGUGUUCUUUUAAUUGUCAUCGACAAACCGGCGUAGAAUGGGGUAAGGGCCAUGUGUCCCCUUAUUUUGGUCCAGCGUUAAUUCAUUAGCAUCAUGCAAAGAGAAGUGUCAGCCCAUGGACAUGUUGGCAUACAUUGCUGAAGUUUGAUUAUUAUUUAUUAUUACUACUAUUAUUUUUCUUAAUUUGGGGGUCAUUUUUGUAGGGAAAUGAAUAAAUAGAAAACGCACCCCCUCGCCCUCGCCAACAUUUCCUCCUGGACACACCAUUUGCCAUAGGCGUGAUAAUUGCUCUAAACUCGAAAACUCAGCCACUUAGCAACAAUUUCAUAUUUGCUGUUUUCAUUGUUAAACCGAAACUGGUUAGAGUUCGUCUUCGAAGGUCACACUGUAAUCUAUCGAUAGCUGAGCAGAGAGCUGGAGAGCUGAGCCAAUUUGCAUUCAUCUGAGGCAGUCCAUUGUCCUGUCUCUGCCUCACUGCGUCCACACACAACUCAUCAGCGCUGCGGGAGAACGGCUAUUGAUCACAAUGGAACGAUUGGGGCUAUUGGUCUUCGUUGUGCUGUCAUUGACAUGCCUUUCAACAGUGGAAAGCAGUAAUAUGGACAUCGGACAUAUGAUUACGUGGACGGUUCGAAGUGUAGGGUGGAUCGUCGGUGCUCGAAAGUUCCAAAAUUAUGGAUGCUACUGCAAUGAAAAGUUUCCUACUGAAGGAAUGGAGCCCGUAGACAAGAUUGAUGAGUGCUGUAUGAGGCACAACCAGUGUUAUGAGAAUCUGGUAAGGGAUAAUCACUGCCCACGUAACAAGCUUCAUCAGAGUUACGGAUAUGAGAAGGUCACAGAGAAUGGUGUUAAACUCAUCAAGUGCACAUCGCACUCGGAUGAUUGCAAGUACAGACUGUGUAAAUGCGACGCCGAAGUGGCCCAUUGUUUUGGUAUUAAUGAAUAUCACAAAGAACAUAAGAGUGUGAGUAAAUCAUCAUGCGUACCUACAGGAAAGUAAAAACACCCCGAAAAACACUCACCGAUGCCUCAAAAUUACUUAUUAAAAAAAAAAAAUCACCCAUUUUUAGAAAAGAUUAAUAAUCAUUGUAUACGAUAGAGCCUUGAAUAGAGCCUCAAUUAGACAAUGUCGAUUUUUUUUUAUAGUCAAUUUGAUGUUUAUAAUUAGUACGGAAAACGGUGGCUACAUGCGGAAUAACUAUGGGCCUUUUCACACGUGAAUCUUGAAUCAUCAGACAUUGUAAUGAUGAUUGCAAUUCGUCUUUAGAAUCAUCGGACCUUUCACACGGAAAAUAUUGUAAUUUGAGUGAAACUUAACUGGAAUUGACCUCCAAGUAGAAUUUGAAUUCGUGAUUGUGAUUAGCGUUCGUGAUUCUAGUUUGGUUUCACACGUGCUAAAAUUCGUAAUUAGCCUUACUUUUCACUGGAAUCAUCUUUCAAAUUAAGAUUUUUUUUACCGUGUGAAAGGGCGGUAUGAUACUUUUCUUUUACUGAAUUACAUUCUAACUAUGCAACUAGCUUUAAAGUAAUAGGGUCAUCAGUAAUUUGUGUAACUUUUGUCACAAAUGUGACUUAUGCCGCUAUCAUUUACAUCCAAUCUGUGUGCUUUAUAUUUAUAAAAAUCGAUAUAUAUUAUUAGAUUUUCGACAAUCAAGAGAAACUCCUAUUUUUAAAAUCUUUUCGAGAAUGUCUCAUCAUUUUAUCUUGAUUUGGGGUUCCUGUUAAUAGAAAUAGAAAUCAGAAAAAGAACUGCGAUUCCAAUCAAAUAUAAAGCUCAUGUAACUCCCUCCAAAAGGUUUUGAAUAUUCCUGAAAAUAGUAUUGGAUGAGUGAUACCAUCAUAAUUGUAUAUACAUGUUAAUUUGUGUGAUUUUAGCCCUGUGGGCACUGUUACAAUAAUCAAAAUGAAGUGUGGAUAUAAAUAUAAAACAUACAAUAAAAGGCUUCCGGAAAGUAUUGAAACAGGCGUCUAUUAAAUGUACAAUUAUGAAUGCAAAAUGACGGGUUUCGAUGAAAUAGAAAGAAUUAAAGAAAGCAGUGAAAAUGGCAGAAUAAUAUCGAAAUGAGAAAGUUAUAAAUCAAAGAGGAUAAACCAGAUUUUGUUAGAAGAGAACCCCAAAAUUUAUCACACAGUGAAAUAAAGUAUGUUGUAGUAAUCACUAGGCCUUAAUGUUGGUAGACAGCUAUGCCAAAAUAAUACUUUUUUUUUUAAUGUCAUAUUUUGAAAUACUUUUGAUUAAAAUUUAUUUCUUUUGUAAAUUAGAAGUUGUAAUUGAAUAAUGCGAGUCAUCGAAUACUUU